UGUUUUCCUCCAUCCAGAACUUAAGAUUGUUUUCCUCCAUCCAGAACUUAAGAUUGUUUUCCUCCAUCCAGAACUUAAGAUUGUUUUCCCCAUUCCAAAAAAUUAGAUUGUUUUCCCUCAUCGCAAAAGAUUGUCCCCCCCCCCCCUCCCACAAUUGUUAAAGAAUCAAAGACUUAUCCCAAAAACUGAGAUUUUUUUCCCCAUCUCCAGAACUUAAGAUUGUUUUCCUCCAUCCCGAACUUUAGGUUGUUUUCCUCCCUCCGGUAUUUAAAAUUUUUUUCCUCCAUCCAGAACUUAAGAUUGUUUUCCCCAUUCCAAAAAAUUAGAUUGUUUUCCCUCAUCGCAAAAGAUUGUCCCCCCCCCCCUCCAAGAACUUCGAUUGCUUCCCCCACUCCAAAACCUUACAUUGUUUUUCCCCCAUCACAAGAACUUAACAUUGUCCUCAAUUCAAACUAUAGAUUUUUAGGUUGCCUAAAGAGCCCCAAGCUUGCAGACAUGGACUGUUUAUCAUAUCAAAGUCCUACCUGGGAGGAAGAGAUGGCGAGGAUAUGGGGGGGGGAUCUCUUGUCCUACCGAGUCAUGAUGUAAAUUGUCAGCAACGUUAAAAAACGUUACAUGGAAUUACCUUAAACAUGCACAGCCAUGUUCAGAAUGAUUUGGUCUAUAUACACACAAAAAUGAUUAAAUAUACAAUUAUAAGGAGGAAAAAAAUGAAAUGGUCAUGUAAUUAAAUGUUCAUUAUUCAUUCUAAAAUCAAAAUUUCGCACCUUAAGAUUAACAUUGCAAUUGUAUGUAGUUAUGUAUGCGUGGGUGUACUUUGGUGUUGCACCUCGGCUAAUAAAACAUAAGGUAAUUUCUCUAUGUCAGGCAUGCACAACAUAUGGCCCGUGGGCCGCAUGUGGUCCGCCAGCCCCAACUUUGCGGCCCGCGAAGUAACGAAAUAUUCAUUAUUAUAAAUUAUUUUCUUAAUAGCUUCCCACCUCCCCUCGGAUCCUAUUUUCUUUCGGCCCGCACAAGAUUUUCAUAAAGUAUUACAUUUUGAGUCGUGGAGGCCUGCUCUUAGUAAUCCCGAGACUACGGCCCACGGGCCAAAUCCGGCUCGCCAGGGGCCCUUAACCCGAGCCUCUUGGUCGCUGUAGUGUUAAACGAGUAGCACUGGACAGUGACUAAUAUUGAACUAGAAAUUGACCAUCUCAUUACAUAAAAGCAGUCCCAAAUUUUCCUUUUAGAUACUAGUAUGUUUAUGUUGAACACACAUGUUCGUCAUUUUAAAUGUUAUUUAAAACUCACUACAUAUAACAUAUGUACAGUGAGCAUAGGAAUUUGUUAAAUAAAAAAAUUAAAGAAACAAAAAAAACCACAAUUUUCCGGCCCCUAACUGUGUAUGGGGGGACAGUGAACUGGUCCCUUAUUACAAAAUUUGAGAACCCCUCCUCAUAGUGAUAGAUUCUUUACACAUAGUAGUGACAUAAAAACAUCUGGUAAAGGUCGAGGUCGCGAUCACUGUCUUCAGCAAUGACUGAUCUUUAGAGAGAACCGAAUUACUCAAUAAAUAGUGCGCAAUUUUAUAGAACAGUUCUAAUUCAUGACUUUUCGGUGAUCGGUAGGACAAUCAACUCUACCUUAAAUUAUGGUAAUUUGGUAAUUGCAAACACAAAUUUACAUACAACAUAAUUUGACUUACACAGUAGCAAGUGCAUUUUAAAAAAAAACAACACAGUUUGUACAUGCACAAAAAUGACACCAAUCAUGUUAAGUUAUAGCU